UCCACCUUGUUUUUUUCCCCCAUAAAACCAGGAGAAGCAGAGCGCUUGCUUGUGUCAGUGGCACUGCAAAUUGAGCCAGCAGAGACGAAGAUGAUACGGGGCAGCACCAGCCUCCUCGGCGCCUCCAAUUUCGUCGCUUUCCUCGUCUCCAUCCCCAUCCUCGCCGGCGGGAUCUGGCUCGGCGCACGGGCCAACAACACCGACUGCCUCCGCUUCCUCCAGUGGCCCAUCAUCAUCAUCGCCGUCACCGUCAUGGUCAUCUCCCUCAUGGGCUUCGCCGGCGCCUGCUACCGCCUUUCCUGGCUCCUCCAGGCUUACCUCUUCGCUAUGUUCUUCGUCGUCGCCGCGCUCCUGGGCUUCAUCAUCUUCGCCUUCGCGGUCACCGACCGCGGCCGCGGCCAGGCUGUCGUCGGACGCGGCUACCUCGAGUACCAGCUCUCCGACUACUCCGGCUGGCUCAGGGACCGCGUCGACGAUCCUAGGUACUGGGAAAAGAUCAGCUCCUGCCUCCGCGAGGGCCGCGCGUGCUCCGGCAUGGCGCGGUACGACCGCGACCCGACCACCGGCGUGUCUGUUCCGGAGUCCGCCGAUAUGUUCUACCAGAGGCAACUCACUUCGAUCGAGUCUGGAUGCUGCAAGCCACCGACCUCAUGUGGCUACAAUUAUGUGAACGAGACAUUUUGGACUCAGGCCGGGGUGGCGGUCGACGAUUCAGACUGCGUCCGGUGGACAAACGACCAGCAGCAGCUGUGCUAUCAGUGCGACUCGUGCAAGGCGGGUGUGCUCGCGAGCCUCAGGCACAGCUGGAGGAAGGUCUCGGUCAUCAACAUUGUCAUGCUCAUCCUCCUCCUCAUCGCCUAUGUAAUUGGAUGUGCCGCGUACAGGAACGCACGAAAGAUCAAUAACAACGAGGCCUUCGGGGUGAACAGGAUGACCAAGUCGAGACCCAGCAGGUUCCAGUUUUAGAAGAUGAGCGAAUUGAAGGAGGAAAAGCCUUUCGAGUGAUUCAGUUUGCUUCACGAUACUACUGAAAGGAUAAGUGCUGUAACUCGAGUAAAUUAGAGAACUGAUCAUGUCGAUCAUUCUAAACUUCCUCCUCCGGCGUGGGUUCAGGAAUCUAAUAAUCUUAAUCUAGUGAUUAGUGAUCCGAGCUCUAGAUCGGAUGAUUCACUGCUUACUGCUACACCUUUUAGUUAAUAGGUAAAAUUCAGCCAGCGUCCUUUUUUUUAAAAAAAAAAAAAAAACAGUGUCUUUCUUUGAUUUGUAUGGCUCCCAAUUUUACGCUUUAACCGUGUAUAAUUAUCAAUUGCUCAUUGUGCAGUAAGGUUAUCUCUCA